CCCUCCCCUCCCCUCCUCCCCCCUUCCCCCUCCCCCUUCCCUUCCCCUCCCCUCCCCGGCUCCCCUCUCCUUGCCCCCUCCCCCCCCCCUCCCGCGAGGCCCGUCUUGGGAGGGGUCUGGGUGCCGAUCCUGCGAGGAGCGCCCGCACGACGCCCACGGCUUGGGGCACCCCCAGCUCGGCUCUCGGAGCCCAUGCGGCCGCCGAGCGGGCGCAAGAGUAGGGCCCCUUCGACUGCCGGACGGGCCAGCUUCCCGCCGCACUGUUGGAAACGAGCCCGUUCGGCUGCCCAUCCGGCGGCCGAACGGGCUCACGCGCCGACCGGGCUCAGGAGGGAACCCUGAGGAACGUGAGUUCACCAGAACAUUCUCCCAAGAAUUGGUGCCACGACGAGUGCCGACGACACUUCGAGCGCGACUGCGAUCACGAUCGCGACCACAACACAACUACUGCAACAACCAGUUGGUAGUAUAUUUCCGACUGCUAAUUGGUUCCGGUAGUUCGGCAAAUAUUGUUGCGACCACUUGCGCUCUUGGCCCACCGCCGCAUUAGUGUGAUGCAGACUACUACUAAUACGGCAACGACUCUUGUCAGUAUCCCAGCGCUAAUCCGAAAUGCCAGUAUUCAGAGUGAAGGGUCCGCACGGUCUUGCACUGCCCCUGAGUGCGUGGCUGGAGUGGGGCCCCUCGGUGAGGACCUACGUUCUUGCCAUCUCCUGAUCUCUCCCGCUUCGAUGCCUCUUAAGCAGGGCCUCGUUUGUUGUCUCACCUGACAAAGAACACGGUGGCAGGACGACGACGACGAGGCCGAGGAGCGAAUACCGCUCGAGGUCGUCGAGAAAUUGGGGGCCUUGGGACACCGCACCAAGCUGCAGCGCGCCAUUCUCACGCCGGACCGCGGGGGCGUCGCCACCACCCACAACCUCGCCGAGCUCCGGGAGCUCAACAGCGCCUUCGCCGCCAUCCAGAGGCUGGACGCGACGGAGUCGUCACCGCGGACGAGGCGAGGGCGGCGCUGCGGUCCAGCAUGGAGGGCGACAGCCUCGAGCAGGCCGUCGAGCGGCUCGUCGGGACGGACGGGCAGGUGAGCUACACGGCCUUCAUGGCGCACCUCCUCGCCGCGAAGUCGGCGGACGAGAACCGCCUGCUUUGGAGGGAAUUCCAGCAGCUCGACCGCGACGGCAGCGGCCACCUCAGAAGAGGCGACGUGGCCCAGCUGCUGGAGCGCCCCGCGCUGGCGGAGGUGCUCCACGGCCGCAGCGCGGCGCAGAUGAUGAGGGUCAUGGACGAGGACGGAGACGGGCGCGUCGUGUUCGAGGAGUUCCGGAAGGCCCUGGGCCAGUCGUCCAGGUAGGGCCCCGAGAGGGCAGGCGCUGAGCCGCCUGCGCCGGGACGCCGCGCGCGGCACUCGUCCGUUGCCGCCACGCGCCGAGCGGCGGAGGAGGAGGAGGAGGAGGGCACGACGCGGGAGACCCAGGGAGCACCGGCACGCUCUGGGCCGGGCGCCCCCGGUCU